AUGGGCAUAUACUGCCAACAGUGGUGCAGCAUAAUUUUCACUCCUCCUCCUGAUCCACCAAAUGACUCUGGCACCACCUUCUCACCUCUCAUAAUCGCGGUCAUCGUUAUCUUGGCAAGUGCUUUCAUUCUGGUAAGUUACUAUACUGUCAUCAGAAAGUAUUGUAGGCGAAGAGGCAAUCGAAACCCGAGUCUAGAAUUUGAUCCAAAUCAAGAUCAAGUGACUCAAAGCCAGUGGCAAGUUGGUUCAACUGGACUAGAUGAAUCAAUUAUCAAGUCCAUAACUGUUUGUAAAUAUAAGAAAGGUGAAGGGUUGAUAGAAGGGACAGAUUGUGCUGUUUGUCUUAGUGAAUUUCAAGAAAAUGAGAGCCUAAGGUUAUUACCAAAAUGUAACCAUGCUUUUCACCUCCCUUGCAUUGAUACAUGGCUCAAGUCUCAUUCGAAUUGCCCGUUAUGUCGGUCCAAUGUUAUAUCUAUGGUUCCAUUGCCUUCACCACCUCAAAAUCCACACAAUUUUUCUACUCUCAACAUAUCUGCCUUUGAAAUUCAGCAACAGAAUGAUCUGAUUUUAGUUGUUGAUGAUCACGAAAGGGGUCAUAGAGAAGAGGUGGUUGUUAGCCUUGUUAGUGAUGAUCUUCCUAAGAACAGCUUUCAAGCUUCAUGUUUGGUGCAGAAUUGUGAAAUUGGACAAGAGGGUGUUCAACAACAGUUUAGAAGAUCAAUCUCUUUGGGUUCAUUUUCGAGCCAACGCCGUNCCUCCUAA